GAUGCUGAAUUUGGAAGUAGCUGCGCUGCUAGUGACCCUGGUUGGGGUUUGCGUUUGGACGGACGACAGCAGCAAAAUUAUCUCGGAUCGCUAUGCGGUGUACUGGAACAAAAGCAACCCCAGGUUCCACCAGGGCGACUACACAGUGGAGGUGAGCAUCAACGACUACCUGGACAUCUAUUGCCCGCACUACGAGCUCCCGUUCCCCAUGGACCACAUGGAGAGAUACAUCCUGUACAUGGUCAACUACGAGGGCCACGACUCCUGCGACCACCGCCAGAAUGGCUUCAAGCGCUGGGAGUGCAACCGGCCCGACUCCCCCAACGGGCCGCUGAAGUUCUCCGAGAAGUUCCAGCUCUUCACCCCGUUUUCGCUGGGCUUUGAAUUCCGACCGGGGCAUGAGUAUUACUACAUAUCGGCGACGCCACCGAACCUGGUUGACAAACCCUGCUUAAAGCUGAAGGUUUACGUGCGGCCGACAAACGAUUCUCUCUACGAGUCCCCGGAGCCGAUAUUCACCAGCAAUAACUCCUGCCACAGCUUCCGGGUCCCGGAGACUUUCUUCGUGGUGGUGGUGAUCCCGGUUUUCUGGACUAUCCUGACUUCCUAGCCCUGCUAGGUGAGGACAGAAGAGGAAGAAAACUGGAGCUCUUUUCAGCAGCCGCUGGGGGGGGAAAAACGAGGGGGGAGGAUUGAAAGAAAGAGAG